AAUAAUAAUACACAUCUUUAUCUGCCUCCAUUGUACAAUUAUUUACAGUAAUUUUACACAGAGGCAGCAGACACGCACUUGCUUGGAAGAAGAGCACUAUAUAUAUUAAUUUAUAUUCAAAACCCCAAUUUUCCAAAAUUUAAAAACCAAAAUUAAUUUCAAAGACUAGUCUCCUCCUUCCUCUUUGUCUUCUGCUGCUUCUGAUAAACAAUGGCGGCGACAUGGCAGCCACAGGAGGAAGGGUUCAAGGAGAUCUGUGGAUUACUUGAGAAUCAGAUUUCGCCUUCUUCUACUGCUGAUAAGUCUCAGAUUUGGCAGCAGCUUCAGCACUAUUCUCAGUUCCCUGAUUUCAAUAAUUACCUUGUUUUUAUCCUGGCUCGUGCCGAGGGUAAAUCCGUGGAGAUUCGACAAGCUGCGGGUCUGCUGCUAAAGAACAACCUAAGAACUGCAUUUCAAUCAGUGGCUCCUGCACACAAACAGUUUAUCAAGUUAGAGUUGUUGCCGUCUUUAGGAGCAGCAGAUAGGCAUAUUAGAUCAACAGCUGGGACCAUUAUAAGUGUUAUUGUUCAAAUAGAGGGGAUUUCAGGGUGGCCUGAGCUGUUGCAGGCUCUUGUAACUUGCUUGGACAGUAAUGAUCCAAAUCACAUGGAGGGUGCCAUGGAUGCUUUAUCGAAGAUUUGUGAAGAUAUCCCUCAAGUCUUGGAUUCUGAUGUUCCUGGUUUACCUGAUCGUCCCAUUAACAUUUUUCUUCCUCGAUUUUAUCAUUUUUUCCAGUCAACACAUAGUUCAUUGAGAAAACUUGCCUUGGGUUGUGUGAACCAGUACAUCAUGUUAAUGCCUGCGGCCUUAUAUGCAUCUAUGAGUCAAUAUCUUCAGGGUUUGUUCGUUCUUGCUAAUGAUCCUACUGCAGAAGUUCGGAAAUUGGUUUGUGCAGCUUUUGUUCAGUUAAUCGAAGUUCGACCAUCUUUCUUAGAGCCACACUUGAGGGAUGUGAUUGAAUAUGUUUUGCAAGUAAACAAGGAUGGUGAUGAGGAAGUAGCUCUUGAAGCCUGUGAAUUUUGGUCUGCAUAUUGUGAUGCUCAAUUACCGCCAGAUAAUUUGAGAGAGUUCCUUCCUCGCCUGAUUCCAAUGUUGCUGUCAAAUAUGGCUUAUGCUGAGGAUGAUGAGGCGCUUGUUGAUGCCGAGGAGGAAGAGUCUCUUCCAGACCGGGAUCAGGAUCUGAAACCUCGUUUUCAUUCAUCACGUAUUCAUGGAUCAGAAAGUGCAGAUGAUGAUGAUGAUGACAUAGUCAAUGUAUGGAAUUUAAGGAAAUGUAGUGCAGCUGCUCUUGAUAUUCUAUCAAAUGUGUUUGGAGAUGAGAUUCUUCCUACACUGUUGCCUGUUGUUCAGGGCAAGCUCUCUGCUACUGGUGAUGAAGCCUGGAAAGACAGGGAAGCAGCAGUCUUGGCUCUGGGUGCUAUCGCUGAGGGUUGCAUUAGUGGUCUUUACCCUCACCUUCCUCAGAUCGUGGAAUUUCUUAUACCUUUAUUAGAUGAUAAUUUCCCCCUCAUACGAAGUAUUUCUUGCUGGACUAUUUCUAGAUUCAGCAAAUACAUUGUUCAGGAAAUUGGCAACCAAAAAGGCUACGAACAAUUUGACAAGGUUCUAUUGGGUCUUUUACGAAGAAUUCUGGAUACUAAUAAGCGGGUCCAAGAGGCUGCUUGCUCAGCUUUUGCAACGCUAGAAGAGGAGGCUGCUGAAGAAUUGGCACCACGCUUAGAUGUUAUUCUACAACAUCUCAUGUGUGCUUUUGGAAAAUAUCAGAGGCGGAAUCUGAGAAUUGUAUAUGACGCUAUUGGAACUCUUGCAGAUGCUGUUGGAGCAGAAUUGAAUCAGCCCAGUUAUCUUGAAAUUCUGAUGCCACCGUUGAUUGGAAAGUGGCAGCAGCUUGCAAAUUCGGACAAAGAUAUAUUUCCAUUGCUUGAGUGCUUUACAUCCAUAGCACAGGCAUUAGGUCCAGGGUUUUCUCAAUUUGCUGAGCCUGUAUUUCAGAGGUGUUUAAAUAUCAUCCAGAGCCAACAGUUAGCAAAGGUUGACCCUGUUUCAGCUGGAGUUCCAUAUGAUAAAGAAUUUGUUGUCUGCUCUCUGGAUCUCCUUUCCGGGCUUGCUGAGGGUCUUGGUAGUGGGAUUGAGAGUUUGGUUUCACAAAGCAGUUUGAGGGACCUGCUGCUGCAAUGUUGCAUGGAUGAUGCUUCUGAUGUUCGACAGAGUGCAUUUGCACUACUUGGAGACCUUGCAAGGGUGUGUGCUGUACAUUUGAGCCCUCGGUUGGCCGAAUUUCUUGAUGCUGCAGCCAAACAACUGAGCACUCCUAAGCUUAAGGAAACUGUGUCUGUUGCAAACAAUGCUUGUUGGGCUAUUGGAGAAUUAGCAGUCAAGGUUCGACAAGAAAUUUCUCCAAUUGUUAUGACACUUAUAUCAAGUUUAGUUUCAAUCCUUCAACAUCCAGAGGACCUCAACAAAUCACUAAUAGAAAAUAGUGCAAUCACACUUGGGAGGCUUGCAUGGGUGUGUCCUGAGAUUGUAUCACCCCAUAUGGAGCAUUUCAUGCAAUCAUGGUGUAUUGCUUUGUCUACGAUUCGUGAUGAUAUUGAAAAGGAGGAUGCUUUCCGAGGCUUAUGCGCAAUGGUCCGAGCAAAUCCUUCAGGAGGUUUAAGUUCACUUGUAUUCAUGUGCAAAGCUAUUGCAAGUUGGCAUGAAAUAAGGAGCGAAGAGCUACACAAUGAAGUUUGUCAGGUGUUGCAUGGUUAUAAACAGAUGCUCAGGAAUGGAGCAUGGGACCAAUAUAUGUCUGCUUUAGAACCCCCUGUGAAGGAGAAGCUUUCAAAAUAUCAAGUGUAAUGCUAUUCUCUGGAACUUUUCUCAAGUAUCUGCAUCAUCAACCAUGAUAGUCAUUUUGUGCAUUGUUCUAUAUGAUUUGAGCUAAAAUUGGCAGAGGUCGGGUUUGAUCACUAUUAUUUUCCAUACAAAGCACUAUUCAUAAUUCCAUGAAGCUUGAAGCUGACUUGGGGAAUCUUCAAAGCAUUCAACAGAUUGGUUGUUUGAACAACAUAUAGUUAAAAGAUAUGAAUUGGGAUGUGGAAACUGUAAGGAUGCAGCUUCCAAGUUUUACGGAGCAUUUUCUUGAAUGUUUUCUGGAAGAGGAUGGCUAAUAAUGAUCAUAAUAUGGUUUCAAUUCUUUUUCUUUUCUGGUCUCGAGUUUUUCUUGUCGUUUCCGGUUCCUGUGGAUUGGAUAGGAUUUUGUGUGAUCCCCCAAGGUUUUUUUUGUACAAUGGGUGAUAGUGGAGUUGGUUACUUAGAAGUGUCAUCUUAUUCAUGGAGGUUUGUAACUUAUAGAUUAGGAUGGAAUGAGUGUAAGAUUCUUAAAAACUCGGAUUUCCAGAGUGUACAAACAAAAUACAUUUGUAUCAUUUUAUAUAGGACCUUGCUAUAUUUAUGGAAUUAAUUUUUGACUUUGGUUA